AUGAGUUCCGAUAUCGAGAAGGACGUGGCUGGCAGAACCGCAACCCACGAUAGCUCUCUCAAGAGCAUGUCCGUGGAAGAGCGAGAAGUCGCAGAGGCCGCAGCCCGUUAUGGGUAUGGUCCUCUGGCCAACGGAAAUAACGGUAUGGCUGCGUUUGGGAAAUUCCAGCCAUCCGCAGCACCAGCACCGUCAGCGCCCAGCAAGUCGUCCAUCGCAAACCCUGGACCCUUGGGACUGUCCGCCUUCGCUCUCACCACCAUGGUGCUUAGUCUGAUCAACAUGCAAGCUCGCGGCGUCACCGCGCCUCAUCUUGUCGUUGCUUCGGCUUUUGGAUAUGGUGGAUUGGUGCAGCUUCUCGCUGGCAUGUGGGAAAUGGCCAUUGGAAACACCUUUGGAGCCACUGCUCUCUCCUCAUACGGUGGAUUCUGGAUCUCCUAUGGCAUUAUCUUCACUCCCGGCGGCUUCAACAUCAUUCAAAACAUCAAGGAGGUCAACGGCAUAACUGGCGUCAACAACGUAACCGGCUUCUGGCUAAUGUCUUGGUGGAUAUUCACCACACUCUGCCUCGUCUGCACCUUCAAGACCAACAUCGCCUUCGUCUCCCUUUUCUUUACUCUCGAUCUCGCAUUCUUGUUCCUUGGAGUUGGCCACUUUUUCGAAUCCGCCCCUGGAAAGCCCUAUGCACCUCUCAUCAAGACCGGCGGCUUCUUUGGUAUUCUGGCAGCUUUGCUAGCCUGGUACUGUGCUCUUUCUGGAAUGGCAGAGCCAAAAAACAGCUUUAUCAAGUUCCCUCUCGGACGGCUGCCGUGGAUGGGCAACCAGAGAGUCAAGACUGAGCGCGAGGUAGUUUAA